AUGCAGGCGGAGCUAUCCUUGCUGCAGCUGCAGCGGGGAGGGGCCCUAGCAGUGCUGCCAGUGGGGGCUGAGGGGGCCCUGCUCUCCUCUCCCUCAGCAACAGCAGCAGCAGCAACACCAGCAGGAGAUGGAUCGGCAGCAGCAGCAGCAAAUGGAGCAGCAGCUGCUGCAGCAGAUGAGCAGCAAGAGUCGCUGCUGCUGCUGCCUCUACUGCGGAGAACACCAGGGGCCCCCCUGGGGGCCCCCAAGGAGAGCAGUGCUUUAGAAGAGACAAUAUUGAGGGUGUAUGUACAGCCCGACCCCAAUGGAGAUACAACAGCCAGCGAUCUGUGGGGUGCUGCUUCAGGUUUGCUGCUGCAUUAUCUGCUGCAGCAGCAGCAGCUGCUGCAGCUGCAGCAGCGGCAGGUGCUGGAGUUAGGCUGCGGUCUAGGGGCCCCCAGCAGCCUCUGCUGGCUGUGUGGGGCCCCCUAUGUCUUUGCAACUGACGCAGAUGCUGCAGCACUAUCUUUAUGUCGCUGCAAUCUGUCUCUAGCAGCAGCCCUGAGGGAUCAGCUGCUUCCUGCUGCUUCUUCUGCUGCUGCUCCUGCUGCUGCUGGCGGGGCUGCUGCUGCUUCAGCAGCAGCAGCAAGAACGCUGGCUUCUGCUGCUGCGCAGCUGUUGCAGCGCAUCCGGACGAAGAUCAAACAGCAGCAACAGGAACAGCAACAGCAGCAGCAACAGCAGCAGCAGCAGCAGCAGGAAGAGAAGCUUGAGGUGUCUCGCCUGCUGCUAGAACUGCCGGAGGCCCCACGAGUUACUGUGGGGCCCCUAAAGUGGAGCGAAAGCCAGUCAGAGGUUCUACAGCAGCUGCAGCAGCUGCAGCAGCAGCAGCACCAGCAGCAGCAGCAGGGGCCCCCCUCGUUUGAUUUGGUGUUGGCAUCAGAUGUUUUGUACUCCGACAGAGCAGCACUCCUGCUUGCAAAUACAAUAAAAAGCAUUGCAGCAGCAGCAGCAGCAGCAGCAGCAACAGCAGAUGCUGCAGCACCUGCUCGCCCUCACCGCUGCAGCCCACCCACCUUUUUGUGCCUUAUAAGCCACCAAGUGCGGCACGCAGUGUACAUGCAGCCGCAGCCGCAGCCGCAGCAGCAGCAGCAGCAGCAGCAGCAGCAGUGGGAGGUGAAGAAAGAAGCAGCAGAUAGCUGCCUGCAAACCUUUAUUAAGCAAUUUUGUCUCCCCGAAGGAGACAAAAAAAAAUCGCUGGCUGCGCACUAUGCAGCAAAAGCCCUAACGCAGCAGCAAUCCCAAACAGCAGCAGCAGCAGAACCUAUGGCUGCUGCUGCUGCUGCUGCUGCGCCUGCAGCAGCGGACUCGGCAAGCGAGCUGUACGUACACCUGAUAAAAGGAGGCGCUGCAGCAGCAGCAGCAGAGCUUGACCUCCAUGAAGGAGACGUCUGCCUCGUUGCUGUUGCUGCAGACCCUCAGCUGUUGCUGCUGCUGCCCCCAGCCGUUGCACCGGCUGCGGCUGUUUAG